GUUCAGUCCUGUACGUGAUUGCGUACCGCACAGGAAGUCAUUUCAAACGUAGAUCUCUAUUACAAGCACCUUACCUACUGAGGGUUAUUCGGACAGUAUCCACAUGACGUUCAGUCGGUGGAAAUGCGCAGCUAGCAGUACCACAGUUCCUCUAACCUUAAAUCCAAAAUGGCGCUAUGUUUACGCCUCUCCAUAAUCGAUUAUUAUUACUAGCAAGUCUCAUGGAGAUCUUUGCUCACGUUAUUCACUGGAAAAGAUAAUUUAGCCAAGCACUUACCUCAGGCAACAUCAGUCAAGGACAAAACGGGAAUUUGCAGAUCCCGUGACUAUAAAGUUCACCAGCAGUAGUAGGAAGGAUGCAGGCUGAAGCCACAGACUCUUCACUGAGAGAGGGUAUAGAAGCACUGGGUGUGAAGGACACAGAAAAAGCCGCAGCAGGCAAACAGGAAGAAGGCAACACAGAGCAGCAGGACACGGAGAUGCCAGCUGCCACAGAGGAGGAGGACACUACAGUCAAGGAUGAAAAGAGUGGAGAUGCAGAUGCAGCAGAAGGAGAGGAACAGAAGGAUGAACGUCAGGCAAACACAGAACUGGAUGGCAAAGAGGGAAAGCAGGCUGCAGAAGAGGAUGAUGAAUGGGAGCUUGCAUACAGUGACGAGGAAAUGGAGGACCCCAAAAACUGGAUGCCCCCUCCUGUUGAGAUCAAAAGACUCUAUGAGCUCCUCGCUAAAGGGGAGAUGCUGGAAAUGAACUUUGUGCCCCUUCCUAGAAGGCCCCCUACACCUGAACGUACCCCCUCACCUGAAAGAGAUGACGAGGAAGAAGCAGCAAAGGAGAGAGAGAGGAAAGAGAGAGAACGCAAGCCUCCAACACCAACUGAGUUUGACUUUGAUGAAGAGCAAAUGCAAAGUACUCCGAAAAAUGCCUUCAUCAACAGGCGCCGAACACCAGGCAUGACAGACAGAUCUUCAGCCCGCUCCUCUGUGAAGAGGGAAGCCCGGCUGGACAAAGUUCUCUCAGACAUGAAGCGCCACCGCAAAAUUGAAGAGCAGAUCAUGCGGACAGGGCGAGAUCUCUUCAAGAGCGACAAGAAGUUGGAGGAAGCCCUGUCUCCGAAUAGCCAGAAGGAGCGGGAAAAGGAGAGGGAACGAGACAGCAACCCCAGUACUAUCUUUUCCCCGAGACAGAGGAGAUACUGAAGUAUUAUGAGAUGAGGACUUGUCCAGAGGCAGAUAAGGCCAAGAGCUUUCCAAGACGUUCAAAAAAACUAGACAUUUUUUUAAUGUAACAAGUUUUGUAUGUUUUCUAUGUGUGUUUUGUAUGAUGGCAAUAAACAUGAAUCUUGACGAA